AUGGAGGGUCGUCAACAAGCUACGCUAGGUGUUUCGAUCACCUUUUUCUCGAUCGCCUCUAUUUUUGUCGCGCUUCGCUUCAUUUCCCGAAUAUUUGUGGUCAGGAAGAUUGGGUUACACGACUGGUUGAUGUUGGUCGCAUGGAUAAUUGAUUUUGGCUUUUCCUUCUCGCUAUUCUUUGCUGUCCGGAAAGGCCUUGGUCUCCAUUCGAGUGACAUUAAGCCGGAAGAUGAGCUCGCUUUUAAUAAGGCAAAUUAUGCGUUUACGGUCCUCUAUAAUCCGGCGUUAAUGGCCGUCAAGACCUCGAUCCUCGUCUUCUACCUGACCUUGACGCGUAAUCAAAAGGUUUUCCAAUGGGCAAACUAUAUCACUCUGUUUGUAGUGAACGCAGCGGGCGUUGCAUUAACUAUGGUCAAUGUUUUCCAAUGUCGACCCAUCGACGCAGUAUUCCUUUCCAACGUUCCGCCCUAUGCAAGUUGCACUGACAUUGUCACCCUGUACCUCUCCUCGUCCCCGGUGAAUAUCAUUACGGAUGUCACUAUCCUGUUGCUUCCGAUACCGCUUUUGACAAAAAUGCGCCUACCUUUCAAGCAGAAGAUAAUUUUGGUGAUCACAUUCUCCUUUGGUGUCUUUGCCGCCGUGGUCGAUGUGGUCCGAAUUGCAUUUCUUCAACAAGCUGCCACCUCCCGCUCGCUGGAACUGAAGUCAGUUCAUAUUCAAAACAUCGGAGGGGUAGAUUUCAGUUGGUACGCGUCGCUAUCUUUCAUGUGGUCUGUCGUCGAAGUCAAUCUGUCGAUAAUUUGCGGUUGUGUUCCAAGUCUAAAACCUCUGGUCACUCGUCUUGUUCCGAAAUUGAUUAGAGAUACAAAUGAUAAUACAUCAACCUCUCUGCCUCCUGGACUCUCUGCAGGCGCGGCAGGGGAAAGUCAAGUUGCAGUGCCACCUCCGGCUGCAGUCCCGGGUUCGCCAGAAUUUCCAUCGCCGUCGCCAGUGCCACCGACCAACGAAGGAAAUAAGGGUCUACAAAAUCAAGUUGGAGAUGUCUCUGCUGGCCGACAUAGUUCCCGGGACUCGGAGCCCAUGGGUAUAUUGGAUUUCCUAGGUCACCCGGAAACAGCAGUUCUCGAUACAGAGGGAGGAACCAAUACUAGCGCAUCUUAUGCACCGGAUAUCACAUUCUUCGAUUUUGUCAAUAUGAAGAAUCCGGAAAGUAUGCUAAAGCUAAACAACAGAGAGUCGAUUGCGCCAAUUGCAUUAGCCACGCUACUAUUCUUCCUUUGGGGCUUCGCAUACGGCUUGCUUGAUAUUCUGAAUUCUCAAUUCCAAACUAUCGUCCAUUUGGGUCCAUGGCAUUCGUUGGGUCUUCAUGGCUCGUACUUCGGCGGGUACGUGUUUGGCCCUCUGCUGGUUGGCCGGCCCGUUUUGAAAAUAUGGGGCUUCAAGUCCACGUUCAUAACUGGACUUUGCAUCUAUGCCUGUGGAACCCUCAUAUUUUGGCCUUCUGCUGUGCUAACGUCGACACCUGCGUUCAUUUUAUCAAAUUUCAUUGUCGGGUUCGGUCUAGCAGUUCUCGAGACCGCGGCAAAUCCGUUCAUUGCGCUAUGCGGACCACUUGAGAAUUCCGAGAUCAGACUCAAUAUUUCACAAGGUGUGCAAGCUGUCGGAAGUGUCUUAUCGCCGCUCCUGGCGAAACGGGUUCUCUUCAAGGAUGUCCAGGAUGUGGCAUCUUUGGUUGACGUACAAUGGACAUAUCUCGGCAUUGCUCUAUUCGAUGUGCUACUGGCAGUGGCUUUCUAUUAUCUACCAAUCCCCGAAGCGUCAGAUGAAGAUUUGGAAGAACUAGCAAAUCGACGCCGAGAAGAUAACAUGACCAAAGUAAUCGGCAUUCCAGUCGUUUGGCUGACUCUCGGCCUGGGAAUCUGGUCUCAGUUUUUCUACGUGGCCGGACAAGAAGUCUUCGCGACAUCACUCCAACGUUUCGUUAUUUCCGCUCGUCCAGAUUCAUCACUCGGACCAUUCGAUUUCCUGACCAUUGGACACAGCGUUUUCGCCGUGGGUCGCUUCUUAGCCGCAUUUGCGCAGUGGUUCCUCAAGCCACGCUGGAUUCUGAUGGUCACCUAUAUCGGUAUGAUCGUGUGCUCGAUUCUUUGCAUGAAAACAAGCGGCACAGCCGCAAUUGUCAUGGCAAUGCUGCUCUACCUCUUCGAGAGCGGCACAUUCAGCAUUAUCUUCGCUAUCUCCCUACGCGGCACAGCCCAACAUACGAAAACAGCCGCUGUCUUUAUGACGAUGGCCGUCAGUGGCGGCUCCAUCUUCCCAUUUGCCCAGUACGCCGCAUACCUUACACACGGCGCGUCAUAUUCCUUCUGUGUUCUAGUCGCCCUCUUCUGCGCCGGUGCCAUCUUCCCCAUUUACCUCAACCUUGUACCCGCCGUGAAAAAGCAAGUCGACCCUGUUCCGAACGAGUAUCUCCGCCGACACCGCCGCCGAACUCGGAACCCGGUCGACACCAUGCAUCGCGAAAAGGACAAUCCUGCUCUUGGUGGUGUACUUUCACGUCCGCGCAGUCUGGCGUCGAAUCCAGACCACCUACCGGACCUUUUCCUUCCAGAGGAGAUUCACCAAAAUUCACUUGCUCGUGAUCUUCCAAGGGCUAAAUCUAGCUCUGGCUCUAGCUCACGUGCUAAUUCGAAUUCCUCCCACAAUUCUGGCUCCAAACAAUGGUUCCCUGCCACAAUCCAUGAUUAA